AUGUGCUUCAUCUGCUGCUGCGGUGCCCUUGGGUUGAGCCAAUUUGGUUUGGUGGUCUGCUUGGUCUUCGGAGGGUUGGUGAAGGUCCCUUUGUCCCGCUCCCGACCAUCCCCCGUUCUGGAUCCUCGUUGGUCCCCCCCAUCUGCUCUCUUCAUAAAAGUUAAUGUUGAUGCAAGCUGGUUUCAGAUGGAUGGUAAGGCUACGUUGGCUGCGGUGCUGAGGGAUCAUAAUGGGCAAUUUGUUGUGGCUCACAAGUUGUCUAUUAGUGCUCCGUCGGUGAUGUUCGCUGAAGCUAUGGCGAUGCUCAAGGGCUGUGAGUUGGCGGCGACGAUGGGCUUCCGGUGGAUUGUUGCGGAAUCAGAUUCGCUUGAGGGUUGUCGCUGGUCUUGGGUUCCAAGACUGGCCAAUCAGUCGGCGGACCGUCUGGCGUCGAGGUCUAUUGUGGAGAUGUGCGGCAACAUUUGGGUCAGGCGACCCCCAUCUUUGCUGGUUCACAUUCUCAACAAAGAUGGUCUUCCUUGCCCUCCGUAA